AUGCCUAAAUACCAUGCCACCCAAAGGAAGCACGGGGGCUGGGAUACUGCUAGGCUGUCAAAGCCUAGACGAGGGGAUUCGACAGGCAGAGGUCGGGUUCGAACCACGGACUUUCCGCCUUAUUGUGAAGAAAAGAGUAAAGGUGAACAGGGAAGCGACGUAAUGCUAGCUUACCACAAUCAUUCCGAGGUGCCUACACCUCCAGACAUUCACUCAGGCAAUCUGAAUAAAAACUGA